AUGAAAUGUAAAGAUAUUUUUCGGGAGCAUUUAUGGACUAAGAUUGGUAAUGGUCUUAGCACAUCGCUUUGGUUUGAUAAAUGGACGUCCGAGUGCCCUUUGCAAAAUAUAGUGACACCGCGUCAGAUGGCUCGCUAUGGCUUUAAUGUCAAAUCCAAAGUGGCUGAGGCAAUAAAUGACGGCCAAUGGCUUUGGCCGGAAGCUUGGAGAAGUGUGUACCCGAUAUUAUUUCAGCUCCCUCCUCUCAACUUGGCGGAUACAAAGGAUAGAGUGUUAUGGAUGAAUUCGGAUAGCAAGCUGGUUCCGUUCUCAUCUAGGGAGGUUUGGGAGUCUAUUCGAUGUCGUGAUCAGCAAACAACAUGGGCGAAGGUUGUUUGGUCCGCUUUCAAUAUUCCAAAACAUGCGUUCGUAUGCUGGCUUAUCUUCAAGAAGAAGCUAUGGACUCAAGACCGGAUUCUUCGUUGGAACCAUACGGUCACAGGUUCGAUGAAUCUCAUGUGUUGCUUAUUAUGUUAUUCAGGGUUAGAGAACCAUGAGCAUCUGUUCUUUGAAUGCCCUUACUCGAAGCUGGUGUGGAGCAAAGUGAGGCAAAAAGUCCGAAUGGGUUCGGUUCGAGAAACAUGGGAGGACAUCACAUCGAAGCUUGUAGCUACAGCUAAUUCGAGAUCGGUUUAUGCUGUGGCUAGUAGAUUAGUGGUGGCAGCUUCAGCUUAUGCUAUUUGGAGGGAAAGAAACUCGAAACUUUUUAAAAACAAGUUGAGACCCCCGGAGCAAGUUGCUGAUGGUAUUAUCGGCACUAUGAGAUUAAAGUUAACCUCUUUCAAGUACAAGCGAAAUGUUAAUGUCAAGCGGUUUUUGGAGGAAUGGAUGAUGGAUAAGGAAGACUUCUUGGAUGAAGAGUGA